CGCGCCUGCGCAGCGUGGUGUUUGUGUAUUCUGGCUGCGAGGCGGCGCUGGCUCCGGGGGGAAGAUGGCGGCGUCCUCGCUGGAGCAGAAACUGUCCCGCCUGGAGGCCAAGCUGAAGCAGGAGAACCGGGAGGCCCGGCGGAAGAUCGACCUGAACCUGGAGAUCAGCCCAGCCCGGGCCCGGCCCAUUAUUGUGAUCACUCUAAGCCCUGCUCCCGCUCCGUCCCAACGAGCAGCCCUGCAGCUCCCCCUGGCGAACGAUGGCAGCAGCCGCUCCUCGUCCUCGGAGAACUCUCCCCAGCAUCAAACGCACCAGCCGCGCCCCCGCCACAUGCUGGGCCUGCCCCAGCCACCCUUCCCCAUACCCAGGAGCAUGGAGAGUAUAGAGAUAGAUCAGAAGCUGCAGGAAAUCAUGAAGCAAACGGGUUACCUGACUAUAGGAGGGCAGCGGUACCAAGCAGAGAUCAAUGACCUGGAGAACCUGGGCGAGAUUGGCAGUGGGACAUGUGGUCAGGUGUGGAAGAUGCGAUUCAAGAAAACUGGACACAUCAUAGCCGUGAAGCAAAUGCGUCGCUCAGGUAACAAGGAGGAGAACAAGAGGAUCCUGAUGGACCUGGAUGUGGUGCUGAAAAGCCACGACUGCCCCUACAUUGUCCAGUGCUUCGGGACCUUCAUCACCAAUACAGAUGUCUUCAUUGCCAUGGAGCUGAUGGGCACAUGUGCGGAGAAGCUCAAGAAACGCAUCCAGGGGCCCAUCCCUGAGAGGAUCCUGGGGAAAAUGACAGUGGCAAUCGUCAAGGCGCUCUACUACCUGAAGGAGAAGCAUGGCGUCAUCCAUCGAGACGUCAAACCCUCCAACAUCCUGCUAGACGAGAGGGGGCAGAUAAAGCUGUGUGACUUUGGGAUCAGCGGGAGGCUGGUGGACUCGAAGGCCAAGACCCGGAGUGCGGGCUGUGCGGCUUACAUGGCGCCUGAAAGGAUAGACCCUCCUGAUCCCACCAAACCAGACUACGAUAUCCGAGCGGAUGUGUGGAGCCUGGGCAUCUCCCUGGUCGAACUGGCUACCGGUCAGUUUCCCUACAAGAACUGUAAAACGGACUUUGAGGUGCUCACCAAGGUCUUGCAGGAAGAUCCUCCCCUGCUCCCAAACAACAUGGGCUUCUCCGUGGACUUCCAGUCCUUCGUUAAAGACUGCCUUACUAAAGAUCACAGGAAGAGACCAAAGUACAACAAGCUACUUGAACACAACUUCAUCAAGCGUUACGAGACACUGGAAGUGGACGUGGCGUCUUGGUUCAAAGAUGUCAUGGCCAAGACAGAGUCGCCCCGUACGAGCAGCAUCCUCAGCCAGCACCACCUGCCUUUCUUCACCAGAGUCCUUGUGUCUCGGGCACCAGUGAGCCGAAGAAGACAAGUCCCUCUCCAUCUCUGUCCCAUGUCCCCUGGAUGGGAAGCUUCUUUCCAACUUGGCUCUGCAUCUCCAGCUGGGUGAGAGAAGGCCCCUUUCCAGCCUGGUCCUGCAUCUCCAGCUGCUUGGGAGCCUGCAGCCUGCAUCGCAGCCAGAUGAGAGAAGGCCCUUUCCAGCCUGGCUUUGCAUCUCCAGCUAGAUGAGAGAUGGCCUCUUCCAGCCAUGUCCUGUGUCUCGAGCCAGAUGAGAGAAGGCCUGUUCCAGUCCUGGCCCUGCAUCACUGGCUGGACGAGAGAAGACUAUUUCCAGUCCUGUUUUGCAUCUGCAGCUGGAGAAGAAAGGGCUCUUCCCAACCCUGUCCCGCAACCUCCUUCAGACAAGAAGGCUCUGCUGGGAACCUCAUACUUCCCUUGGCCCGGAGCGGUGGCGCAUCACCGGUUUAUGCCUCUCUCUUCACCCCUCCUGCCCCCCGAGAGACUAGGGGAAUGGGGAAGGGAGGCUGGGACCCUCACUCACGCACUGUGAACAAAGACACACAACAAUUUUUUACUCCUUAUUUAUUAAGUUUGGACUCUGCAGUGCUGCGGGCUCCCUGCCGUGCCCGUCCGCCAGCCUCCUGCGUUGUUGUAUGUCUCUUACUUUUCUCUCGUGUUUUGGGAUUGUAUUGGGGGAGGGGAAAGGGUGAGGGAGGGGGCACACGGGGCUUCAGACUUCACUUAGGAGCUCAGCCCUUGCCCUCUGUUCAUUUCAUUUUAUUUUUCCUUGUGGGUGGGGCUGGGAUGGGUUUUGGGGUUAUUCUUGCUGGAAGCAGCUCUGCUGAAGUGAUUUAUGCUGAUUUUUUUUUUUUUAAUUCUGUUUUUGAUCUCAGGGGUUUUCCUGUUUCCUUUUUUUCUUUCUUGGAGUGCGAACAAAAGUUUUUUGUUUUUCUUCUGUCCGCGGCUUUGUAUUUACCAAAGUGAUUGCUGGGCUGCUGAGCAUUGGGAGAACACGGCUGCAUGUUGUUUUUCUUUUGCUAUUUAAAAGGAGGGAGUGAAAAUGCAAAAAAAAAAAAGUUAAUUCUAGGGGAUAGAAACAAGUAUUGCAGCCUGCAAUCUCCUCCCACCGCGGCAGCUGCGGAGUUGUAAAAAUCAAAGACACUAAUGAAACUUGAAGUUGUUCCUUUCCCAUCACCUCCUUCCUUUAAAUCUUGUCAGAGCCCUGGGUUUAUUAAGGUUUGUCCUCAGCUGGUGUGAAGGGCGUAGUGGCCAGCAGUGGAACGGUGCUGGUUCAGCACAGCUGCUGUAAGACGGUCCCUCCCAUCUGGCUUCUCCGGAGCUCUGCAGAUGUGAAUCAGUGCAGCCGUGACAACAGCAGAGCUAUGCUGGUUGACAUCGGCUGGAGGUCAGCCUGGCUCCACCAGCCUCCCCGGUUGAUGUUUGCUGAGGAUUUGGCUGAUAAUUGGUAGCAUUUCACCUCUUUGGAAGCCUGGGGGGUGUCUUGGGGGAGGGGGCUCCGGUCAGAGCUUUUUGGGGGGCUGUUGAUUGUUUGUUUUUUCACUUUCAUUCUGAUUCACUGGGGAAGGCAGGUGCCCUCAUCAGCUUUGGGAAGCAGAAGGUGGGGAGCAUAAUCCUGAAAGCCUGUGGGAUGAGCUCCGGUCUCCAACCUCUCUUGACCCAGCCUCCGAACGAGACCGUGUAGCUCACAGGGGCUGCGGUUGACAUUCAGCCCAUUUUUAGCAGAGAUCUUGGCUUUUUGCCUCCAGAAGGACUUGGGUUUGCUUCCUCUCUCAGCCGCCGACUGGAACGUGGCAUGGGCUCCCCUACAGCUGGUUUGGGUUAGGCUCACCAUUUCCCAGCUCCGAGCAGGAUUGGGCUCUGCACAGCCCUUGCUGCUGGCUGGGAGAGGUGUACGUUGCUCUGACAGUACCCCAGGUGCUCAGAUCCGAUGAUGAUGGGCAAGUUGCUUUACAAAUCCCAGCCAAAAAAUAGUGACACGGAGAAGGUCAGGUGCCAAGCAGAUUUGGGCUGCAAGGUUCCUUGAGAUUCUGAGUCCGGCUGGCAGCCGAGAACCAUAUUGCACUUUUGGCCCUGUUUCUCCAGUCCAGCGAUAGAAAGAAACCUCCUAGCAAGGGGACCCACAGGCUGCAGGGUGGCACCUCUCAUCUUGCCCGGCCUGGUCUUUUCUGUCCAGCACACUGAAACCACUUAGUGCCCAUGGUUCUCAGAAAGAGAGGUGGAGCCUGGGUGGGUGGAAACAUGAACACAGGUGCCCACAAGGUCAGCAGGAUAGGGAGGUAGGAAGGAUCUUCAAACCCAAAUGCAAGUUCUGGCACAAUACACCCCAGAGCUCCUCUUUCCCCACAAACGGGAGCUGGAUGGGAGAGACAUCCCCUCACUAACGUGGCAGCAAGGAAACCCGUCGGACUGUUGGGGUGGGAGGAAGAGGCGCCCUGCUGCCUUAUGGCAGGGUGGGGGUGGGGGACAUGUCUCCUCCUUGGGUCUCCAGGGAGAGCUUACAGCUGUUUGGAUCCUCAGUGGUGGAUAGCUGUUAAUAAAAAAGAGGAGGAGUUGAGAGCAGCUGGCACAGGGAACGAGAGGAGCCCUCAGCUUCCGACACACAAAGCUAAAUCAGAAAGGUUGUCAAAGAAGCUGUAAACGCAGUGCAGGAUACCACGUGUGGCCAUUUCCAGGUGGCUUUCUAGAUGCCCUGAAGAUUAGCCCUGGCCCAAGCCUUCCUUUGCCAUCACCUCCCAUGUCUUCACAGAGGGCUUAGUGAAGACUUCCCGCAGAACCCAUCAGCCACAGCCAUUCCACUGGUCUGAGGAUCUGAAGCCUCUGGCAUGGCACUACAGAAAAGCAUGGCACUGCCAAGCCUGCACUACUCCAUCCUUGCAAAGAAAAUAGCCCAUGGGAGGCAUUAAGGAGUUGUUGGUGUUGAAUCUGGUCCUGCCAGUCUAUUUCCCCUCACAUCUCUCCUGCUAAGAGUUACCGUUGCCAGCAAACACUGGAGUGGACGUUUGCAAGCACAUCCUGCAGUUAGAUCAGUACAGUUUAACUCAUCCUCACAAUGCAGCUGGCAUGGAAUUUCCUAGAUGCAGGUGGAAAUUAUGGGACCAACUGUAUCCUCAGGAAUCUAAGUCCUAAGAGCUAUAGAUUUUGGCUUGUUCUGUUUCUAAAUGUGGAAGAGGCCCUCAGUCUAAACAGUGAGAACUUUGUUCCAGUGUGGAUGCAGAAUAGACUCAGCAGGGUCCCAACUCUACUGCCCUGUGCUAGGCUCAGGGCGAAAGGAGAGAGCCCUCUGGUGGCCCUUUCAGAAGCUGCUGCUGAUUGGUGUAGUGGUGUGUUAGGAGACGUAAAGGGAACUAGUUCUCUAGCCUCAAGGACUGGAAGUCUCAGGCAGACAAGAUAGAUUGGGAUUAGUGAUGGGAUGACAGCGAAAGGCGGGCAUGGAGGGAGCAUUGUUGAGGGAAAACGAGAGAGAGGAUUUCUGGCACAGAAGGUCGGAGGGAUUUGUUACUGUAACUAGGAAAGUGCAGGGAGGCUGUUGGUGAACUUGGAAGCGAAGUAUGUUGGGGAUGGCGGUGAGUUUUAGGGAUGCUUUGGUUUGGAGGCGGAACAGGUAGUACUGGGCCUGCAGUCUCGGCUCAGUGAAGAAGUUUCAAAAGUUGAAGAGCAAACUAGGCCGGAGAGGACUGUGCAAAAGAGAGAUUAAACCGGGGCAGGGAGCAGAGUUUUAUAGGGGAACCCGGCAGGUCCCCAGUAGGAAGCUGAGGAAUGUAAAGCCAUAUUUUACCCUCCACGGGUUGGGAGGCACUUGUGCCUUGCUCUAACUCUUGGCCCAGUGUCAGUCAGUGACAAUCAAACCACUUACUUACCACGGCAGCUGAUAUUUCAAGUUGUGGGUUUGAGUGACAGAAGAGAGAGUUAAGUGGGGUACUCAGUAUAGCAAUUUGGCCAGUGUCCAUUACUCCCUGGCAUUAGCAUGUUGCAGGGACUCCCAGGAAGGUUAUUGGACGCUUAUUGUCCCUGCCCCUGGAGCUACCUUUCCAUAUGAUGCAUAUAACCUCUUCCAUGCCAUUUGCCACAUGCUCCCAAGAGACCCAAGCAAAGGCCACUCUGCCAAGGGGAUGCAUUUGUUCUUGAUGUCAGGAGAAAGCUGUUGAGGUGUUGCCGAGUGGGAGAGCAUUAAAAGGAGGGAAGAGGAUUUUCAUGGACCAGACAGGACAUGUUGGCUGGAGGUGCAUAGUAGAUGUAGAUCUACUAUGGAACUGGAGUGCCCUGGAUGGGCCCUUGUAGCAGAAGAGGUGGAAUUUUACAAUGCGAAUAUCCUCUGGAGAAUCCAGCAUGUUAUCUACACUGAAGGGAAGGUGUAAACAGCUGAGUCUCAUUAACUUAACGAAAAGAAGGUUAAGAGGUGACUGACUAUGGUCUGUAAGUACCUAUUCAGGGAGCAGAUUACUCAAAACAGAGGGCUCUUUAAUCUAGCAGACAAAGGCAAAAUGAGAUAGAAUGGCUGGGAGCUGAAGAAUACCAACUGGAAAUCAAGGCCCACCUUUUUAAUAGUGAUAGGGAUUAACCAGUAGAACAGCUUGCCAAGGGCUGCAAUAAGUGCUCCAUCACUUGGAGUUUCUAAUUGCAGGCUGGACACAGACACACUAAAAGACACACUCAAGCCCAACCACAAGUUAGUGGGCUGGAUGCAGGAAUCCCUGGGUUAGGCUCUGCCGGAUGGUCUGAUGAUCUGAUGGUCCCAUCUUGCCCUAUAGUCUAUGAAUAGCCAAAAGGGAAGUAGAUUACAAAUGGGCAAGGAUCGGGAGGCCCAGCACGCAGCCUUCCACUGGUUCAGUGGGGAUUUCCUGCAGCUUGACAAGGCACGUUGGGAUGGGUGGAGAGCAGAGGUGAGAAUCAGAGGUUUGCGUUAGAACGCCAAGUGAAAUGCAGCCCAUGCAGGGCAGAGCAGUGGGGACGGAAUGUGGGGGAAUGUGUCUUUGGAUGGUAGGAUAAAGUGGAGGUGGUGAGCAGAAGUAGAGAAGGGAUUAGUGGAGAAGUAAUUGCAAUUGACUCUUGGGGAAAUGGUUUAAAAUGCAUUAGCAGGAAGCUGCCACAGAAUAGUGUCAGUGGCAGGAAUCUGGCUCUUUGGCGCAUCCAAAUAGUGAUACCUCUGGCAUGGCUGAUCGUCUCCAGAUCUAGCAUUUAGGAAUUCUGUGCCUGUGUAUCCAAUGAAGCAUCUAGGCUGAUCCUAUGGCAGAGAGAGCUUUUUGGCGGGAUCUGAGCAGUACCAUGAACAGCAGAGCAGCAAAUGCUGCCUGUGCUGCAAGAUCAUCCCUCGAGGAACUGGUGCAGUCGCCUUAAGAGGCUGUAAACCACUCUCCAGGCAAGCUUCGAAUUUGAUGACCACCCAGAAAACAGCCACCAGAUCCGAAGAGGCAGAAGUUUUCAGGUUGGGUUCUUGUUGUUCAAACCCCUCUUGCUCUGUUUGAUUAACAGCCACAGCAGUGGGUUGGCUCUAUCCGACAGAUGUUGAUGGCCAAUAUUUACCAGGUAGCCCAAGAAGUCUUCAACCUAGUGACGUUAGGCGUGCAAGGAUUUGAUUGUAUGUAAAUUUCAGCCAACAGAGAGCCAGAGUCCACUAUUGUCUCAACCCCUAAUGUUCAAAAGACACGGAUCAGGCCCUUCAAAAUCAUGAGAUUAGCUUAAAAAUCAGAUGCUCAUUUUGGGUUUCUUUUCAUUUACCUUCUGGCUUUUGAGCCUUUAGCGGGGGUCUCACUUUCAAGCUUUUCUAGGGCUAAAAACUAAAGGAAAGUGGAGAUUCUUCUGUAAUCACAGGACUCCAGGAGCUGGGGGCUUUAAGAUACCAAAUAUUGCAAUAAAAAUACAGGCUUGACAACACUGACCUGAUCCUCAGCUACUAUAAAUCAGCGUCACUCUAUUGACUUCAGUGGAGUGAUGCUGAUUUACACCAGUGGGGGAUCUGUCCCCAUUGACUUUAAUGGAAUGAUGGCCAUUUACACCAGCUGGAGAUUUUCCUCAUUGACUGCAGUGGAGUGACACCAAUUUACACCAGCCAGGAUCUGGUGGAAUCUCUUUGAUUUUUAACUACUAAGAGUCAGAUUUUUUUCAUGUGCUCAGCUCCGCAAAACCGAGGCCAAGUUUUCAUCAGAGCACCUGUGUAGGCACUUACUUGACAUGACCACUUGUUCUGUGGAUGCUGUUGGGUGCUGAGACCUUUUGAAAACCCAUAUGUUUCAUUUCAGUGCUGACAUGAGAGCUGAGCCCUUUAAGGAAAUGUGGCCUUUUAAGGCAGGUCUUUUCAAAGGAGUCCCUUGACUCUCAGGUUCAGGGGCCUGUUUGCUAGAUGCUGCACAGACACAUAGUGAGAGAUGGUCCCUGUCCUGAAGACCUCACAGUCUAAAUAGCCAAAAGGUGGGUGAGGAAACAGGGCCAGUGACAGAGCCAGGAGUAGAACCCAGGCCUCCUGAACCCCAUUCCAGUGCCCCAGUUAGAAUCUGAUCCUUCCAACUCUACCAUUGGGGCUGACCCUGCCUCACUGAUGUGUGUGAUUUCAACUGGGCUGUUAAUAUGGGCCUCUCUUCUGCAGAGCAGUUCAAUGCAUGCUUGGAUCUUGCUGGUUUUGUGCGGUGCUGUGCUGAACUGGUGUCUUGAGUGAGGGUUGCUAGAUCAAAGCAGUUAUUGGCUAAGUGCUGAGACUAGAUCGGAUCCAGGAUUUUGGAAAGGCAUCACAGUUUGGUAGCAAGCAGGGGUUUGUGAAAGUACUGGCUUCCAAUGAGGGGUUGUAACCUAAGAGUUUGCAAAAUUGCUUCCAGUCAUCUUAGAAUCUCUGACCGUUAGGGGGUGCAGUCCCACUCCCUUUCACUUCAGCUGAGAUCAGGCCCUGCCUCUUAAGGGGAAACAGCCCCACUUUUCACUCAGUGUUUCUGACAUUCCCACGGUGAUAUAACCUAAAUUGAACACAGACCCCACGGGUAGGGAUGGGGUGGGUGGGUGGACGACAAAGGCUUUUUCAAUAGUUUAAACGUUGGGAUGUUUUUUCAAGGAGAAGAAGAAUUGCCAGGAUUGGGGGGAGGGUAGAAAAAUGCAGUUUUAUUGCAUUUUUUUAAAUUAUUUUUUUAUGUUUUAAUUUAGAACAAAUCUCUGUUAAUAUUAUUUUAAUUCGGGUGGUUACGUGUUUUUUAAUCGCAGAUCUGACAUCUGCUCUUAUUAUAUUUUGUGUGUGUGUGUGUGUGUGUGUGCGUGCACGCGCACAGGUGUGUGCAUGCAUUCAACUGGGGAUUUUAAAGAAAACAAAAAAAACAAAAAAAAUUCAUGCCAAAGGUAGGGCAGAGAAUAGCUGGAUAGACAAUUAUAUUCUAGGUAUUAGCAUUUCACUAUAUUAUCUAUAUAGUAUAUUAUAUUAUAUUAUUAUUAUUAUAAAUUCGCAUGUUAAAAACUAAUAGGCGUAACUUCUAUCUUAUAUGGAAAGAGACUUUAGGUUUUGAUCACUUGUACAUUCGGUCACUCAUCUGUCUUGAUUCUUGGAGAGCUGACCUGAAUCUAAUAAGCUUUAGUAGUUUCCCCAAGGUGGGGCUACUGGCUUUAUAUCUUUUAGUAGCCACCAAAAAAAUUGAAAAAAAAAAAAACCUUGGGUGUAAUUUUCAAAGCCCCUAAAUAACCCAGGAACCUAAGUCUUAUUUUCAAAAGUGAUCUAGGCACUUACAGGCCUCAUCAUCAUUGAAGGUAAAUGGGCUCCUUGGGCACAUUUGAAAAUGGAAUGUAGGCACUUUUGAAAAUUGAACCCGUUGUCUUUUAAAAAGGUGUCAUUUGGCCAAAGUUGAAUAGAGAGGUCUGGAAACAGAGUGGCUGGCAGUCCUAGAUCACGACAGCAAAAAUCAAUUCAGGGUACAGGGGGCACUACCUAUCUGUGUCUUUAAGUUUCUUGCAGAGCUGGCUGAUUCUUGUAUCGAAAUCCACCCUUUACCAUUAAGGUUACAGCUACACCAGGAUUCUCACUGGCCAGCUGUUUAGCUUUUAAGUUUGCUCAAAUAUCCUUUUGCUCUUCCCUCCUCACUCUCAGUAAUUGCAGGAAAUCCAAACCUUACAAAUUAUUUAUUGGCCAGCAGAAACUUUUUGCGUGCAUUUUAUGUGUCCUUUUAAUGUAUUGUAUUUUUUUAAAAAAAUCGUCCCCCUUUCCUUUCCUUUUCAUGGGGUAUAUUGAUACUUAUCUACUGCUCUCGCGCUCUCUCUCUGCUUAGAGCUGGUAUGAGGAGUAGGUCGGUGGAAUUUUAUUGGGGAGAAUUGAGCAUCCAUAAACUUGAGAGAGAUUUCCUCUCUCAUGUGAUUUGGCAACUCUACAAAUAAAGUCAGAUUGUUUCCUUUUAUUCUCUCACUCUGCAGUGACAUUUUAAAGAAACGAUUAUCUUAGCUGGGAGCCAAAAAUCUUUGCCUCUUAAAAGAUUUUCCUAGAGUGCCAUGAAUGGAUGUGGGGGCGCUUGAAUGGAACGUGGGAUCUGCUUCCCACCUUGGAAACUCUCUGAGAGGCUUACAGGCUGACAGCUCAGAAGAAGGGGGAGGGGAAUUAUCGGGGAGCCAGCCUCCCACUGAGUGUGAUGGGCUCUGGGUCUGGCUUGCGGCGAAUGAGGGCCAGGAAACAGUGGUAGCAGAUAUAGAGGACAGCAGGGAUUAGCAUGGAGUGGGAGGAGCAAGAGUGUGGAAGUAGAAGUAGCUGGGGUGUGUGGGUGUGGCUAGGAUGUGUGGGAGGGGCCAGAGGAGGAGCCAUCACCUUUAGCAAACAGUGCAAUCGAUGAGAAGGGUAUCUAAGCUGGGAAAAUUAUGUCCCCAAGAUGGGAUUGUAAUGAAUGCUGAGAGCCAGAAUCCAGCAUUUAGGCCACGGGAGAGGGGGCUGAGGGUUGUGAUGGGUUUCCCCCGUCUUUACUUGAGGCAGGAAACACUGGCUCCCACUUCCAUUCUCUGGCAAGCCCAGCAUUUGUUCAGGCUUUUUUGGUAGUGUAUUAAUAAUACUGGGUUUUUUACACUGCGAUUUAAUAUUAUACCAGUGUUGAAAAAAAGCCAUUAAAAUAGGGGUUGGGGUGGGUUUUUUAGUUUUGUUUUGUUUCAUUUUGUAGCAGCUAAAUGUGUUAGCAAUGCCAAAGCAUUUAAAGAUUUUAAUGGGGUGGGGCAAAGAAAGGGGCAUCAUGGCAUUUUCAGGGCAUUGCCUGGUUUAUUAAAGCUGCCUUGGAUUUUG